CAUGAAACUAUUUUGUAUGGGGAAGGAAAUUGAAAAGUCUCCAAUUACUAAAAGAAUAGAUAUUAUAUAAUUUGAAGCAGUUAAGAGGUAUAAACAUAAAAGAGUAAUGAGAAGUGAAUCUAAUUCACUACAUUAAUCUGAUAAAAAGUAAGAACUUAGAAUUAUAGUUGAUAAAAAAGAUAGAUUAUCUAUUAAUGAUGUUAUUUCUAAUUGUGAUAAAAGUGAAAUCAUCAAAAAAAAUAUAAGAAAUUAUGAUGAAAUCAAUAUAGAUAAUAUUUCUACUACUUGCAAUAAAAAUAUCUAAAGACAUUAAAGUUUGUAAAAACAUACUGAACCAAAUACACAAAAAUUAUAAUUUCCAAGUAUUUAUAAAAAUUCUGCCUAUGUUCUUUACAAAUCUCUCAAAUCUCGUAAUCAAUCUAUAUGUCAAAAUAUAACUAAUUACAUUAGACAAUUACAAGAUAAAGGAAUUUAUGAAGAAUGA